ACAACCGCCGGGGGCGGGUGGGAGGAGACGACAACAGAGACGGCGCGGAGGAAAGGCGAACGCACACACACACCGCCACUGGUCUCGCAGCGACGAAUCGAGCGAGAACGCCGGAGGAGCGCGGUGUGCUGUCGCGCGGAUAGAGCCGGGAGGGGAGCGCGUCCGCGAUUCAUGUGUUCAUAGAGCGGGAAGGUCCUUAUUAAAGCUGACACCAUGACGGCAGAGGAGACGAUUAACAUCAAGGAGGUGGAGAUCAUCAAGGUGAUCUUGGACUUCCUGAACUCUCGCAAGCUGCACAUCAGCAUGCUGGCCCUGGAGAAGGAGAGCGGCGUGAUCAACGGCCUCUAUUCGGACGACAUGCUCUUUCUGAGACAGCUGGUGCUCGACGGCCAGUGGGAUGAGGUUCUGCAGUUCAUUCAGCCUCUGGAAUGCAUGGACAAGUUUGACAGAAAGAGGUUCCGCUACAUAGUCCUGAAGCAGAAGUUCCUGGAGGCUCUGUGCGUGAACAACGCCAUGUCGGCUGAGGACGAGCCGCAGCACCUGGAGCUGACCAUGCAAGAGGCAGUCAAGUGCCUUCAUGCCCUGGAGGAGUUCUGUCCGUCCAAGGAGGACUACAGCAAGCUGUGUCUGCUGCUCACGCUGCCUCGCCUCACCCACCAUGCGGAAUUCAAGGACUGGAACCCAAGCACGGCACGCGUGCACUGCUUUGAGGAGGCCUGCGCCAUGGUGGCCGAGUUCAUCCCCGCCGACCGCAAGCUGAGCGAGGCCGGAUUCCGGGCCAGCGGAGACCGCCUCUUCCAGCUGCUCAUCAAGGGUGUGCUGUACGAGUGCUGUGUGGAGUUCUGCCAGAGCAAGGCCACGGGCGAAGAGAUCACGGAGAGCGAGGUCCUGCUGGGAAUCGACAUGCUCUGCGGCAACGGCUGCGAUGACCUGGACCUCAGCCUGCUCUCCUGGCUGCAGAACUUGCCAGCGGGUGUCUUCUCCUGCGCCUUCGAGCAGAAACUGCUCAACAUCCACGUGGACAAACUAGUGAAGCCGGCCAAGGCGGCCCACGCCGACCUGCUCACGCCGCUCAUCAGCAAGCUGUCUCCGUACCCAGCCUCUCCCCUGCGCCGGCCCCAGUCGGCCGACACCUACAUGUCGCGCUCGCUGAACCCCGCGCUCGACGGCCUCUCCUACGGCCUGUCCAGUCACGACAAGAGGGUGACCGAUCUCACCGGCAAGACAUCGCCCAUGUCCCACUCCUUCGCCAAUUUCCAGUACCCCGGUGCUCAGAGCCUGAGCCGCAGUCUCAUGCUGGAGAGCUCAGACUGCCACAGCAUUUUUGAGGAGUCUCCGGAGAGCUCCAGGACAGACACACCCGUGGACAGAAUGUUGGCCUCGGGGGGGCCCUGUGCCGUGAGACCCGCCUCGGCACCCGGCGGUGAAGCCGCACCCCCAGGUUCCGCUGACAAGAACGAGCUGCGCGACUCCACGGAGCAGUACCAGGAGUACUACCGGCAGCGCCUGCGUGUCCAGCAGCACCUGGAGCAGAAGGAGCAGCAGCGGCAGCUGUACCAGCAGAUGCUUAAGGAGGGCGGCGUCCAUCAACAGGAAGGUCCACGCCCACAGCAGAACCUCACUGACAAGUUCCUCAAUAGGUCUAUCCAGAAGCUGGAGGAGCUGAAUGUGGGGAUGGACAAUUUUGGAGAUGAUGUGCAGUCACUGAGCCAGCAGUGCAAUGGCAAGGUGGACAGCAGCCCUGCCUCUGGCAACAAUGUUACCAUGACAACAUCCCCAUCAGAAAAGGGUCAGGCACAGGAUGGCGCCAGUGUGGCCAGCAGUACCCCCCAGAGGGCCGGAGGACGUGGCAUUCCUCACCUUGAUGAGUCCCCGGUGCCCAGCACUCAGAGUGGGCAGAGGAGCCAGGCCAGGCAGCCUACAGGCCAGGAUGACACAAGUUACUCCCCUGCUCGCAGCAGCACCCAAGAGGGUGACAAGGCCAAGAUCCAGUUUGUGGCAGUCAGCACACUGGAGGACACCCAGGCUAUACGUGCAGUAGCCUUCCACCCGUCAGGGGCACUGUAUGCAGUAGGAUCCAACUCCAAAACAUUGCGAGUCUGCGCCUACCCAGAUGUCCUUGAUACAAGCGGCACCCCUAAGCAGCCUGUUGUACGCUUCAAGCGCAACAAGCACCACAAGGGUUCCAUUUACUGCGUGGCCUGGAGUCCCUGCGGCCAGCUGCUGGCCACUGGCUCUAACGACAAGUACGUUAAAGUGCUGCCCUUCAACGCCGAGUCCUGCAAUGCAACAGGGCCUGAUCUUGAGUUCAGCAUGCAUGACGGCACCAUUCGGGACCUAGCCUUUAUGGAGGGUCCGGAGAGCGGCGGGGCCAUCCUGAUCAGCGCCGGUGCUGGGGAUUGCAACAUUUACACCACCGACUGUCAGAGGGGACAGGGUCUGCACGCGCUCAGUGGGCACACGGGACACAUCCUGUCAUUGUACACCUGGGGCGGGUGGAUGAUCGCAUCAGGCUCCCUAGAUAAGACGGUACGCUUCUGGGAUCUGAGGGUGCCCAGCUGUGUGAGGGUGGUGGGCACAGCCUUCCAUGGCUCAGGCAGCCCAGUGGCCUCUGUGGCAGUGGACCCCAGCGGACGGCUCCUCGCUACAGGACAGGAGGACAGCAGCUGCAUGUUGUACGACAUCCGGGGCGGCCGCAUGGUGCAGAUGUACCGUCCCCACACCAGCGACGUGCGCUCAGUGCGCUUCUCCCCCGGGGCACACUACCUGCUCACUGGCUCUUAUGACAUGCGAGUGAUGGUCACUGACCUGCAAGGGGACUUGACCAAACAGCUGCCACUCACGGUAGUGGGUGAGCAUGGGGACAAGGUGAUCCAAUGCCGGUGGCACACACAGGACCUGUCCUUCCUGUCUUCCUCCGCUGACAGAACUGUCACUCUGUGGACCCACAGCCCGUGAGGCCACUGAGCUGUGGGAGUGCUGGUCCACCAAAGCACAGAGCCACGCCCCUUCACAGCCCCACUCCACCCUGCCCCUUCCUCCAGACUGAGCUAGGUGAUCCCAUGGCUGUGGAAUGGAAAACCUGGCCCCAUCCCAUCACCCCUCCUUCUUCCAUGAAUGUGUGUGUGUCUCCAUGCUAGUGCUCAUGGCAGUGGUAUAAUUUUUCUGUGCUUGCAGUCACCCGCUCGCAUUAGUGCAUCCGUGACUGACUUGUAGUGCUGUCGAAACCUGUACAUAGCGUGUCCCACGCCCUGCUGGUGUGCACGUGACUGAUUCCAGUAACAGCAGUGAAAAUUCCAUUUAUGCAUUCACACGAUACACGAAUGCUGCGCUUUUAUUCACCUGUGCGCCCGCAUGUUUUAUCCAUCUGUACAUCCCACCAUGACCCCCCCCAAUAUUCACUUCAUUCUCAGCUGGCUGCAAGAAAGGGAUCAGUAAAGUUUAAAAAAAGAAAAAAAAAUCAUUACCACAUCAUGUUAUUCAAAUUGUGCCUUGAAAAAUCUGUUUCCAUAGAAAGCUUUAUGCAGAAUUCAUAAGCUGAGCGGGCGUGCAGUUCCAGCAGCGAUGUCAGAAUGUCCCGAACCUGAGUUAGAUGGCAGAGCUUCUUCCUUUUCCCCACUAAAUUGAACAGCUGCUACAAUGCUGCUAUUUGGGGGGUUUUUUUUUUUUGGAACAGUUAUCUCUUCGCUAUUUCUUGUGGCUGUUGUGGUGUCACAAGCUGUGCAGUGUUUCCCGCAGUGCUGAGGGGACUGUCAUUGUGAGAGGACUGCAGCCCUGGGGAGAGGGGUUGUGCAGAAACAGCUGAUGGCCACACUCAUGUGUGUCUCCUUCUACGGCUGCAAUGUUGCUUUCCACAUUCAAGAACACACACACACAUACAGAGCAGCUCAAAUUAUGUUCUUCAUUUUGGAGUCAGUAUUUGGUUUUAAAUGUGCAGCAUCCCAGUAUUUUAAACAGUUGAAAUCUUGUGUUGUUAGAGUUCGGUACAGUUCACCUGCUGUAUGCGAUAGCUAUUUUCUUAGCACUUGUAAAUCGUAGAUUGAAUGAAUAACUCAUAAAAAUGUCAGUGGAACUAGUUUUGAUUUUAAAGCUGUGUGCUUAUGCAAAAGGGAACUUUUGAUAGAUGUUUGUUAGUUUUGUGGAGAAACGCAUGGCAGUCAACCUGAGCAUGGUUAAAUAAGAAUAAAUCUAGGAAGGGACUAAAUUGCCAACACAGGAACUUUUAUACCCUUUUCCAGUAUGUUACUGCUGCACUUUGAUUUGGGAACACAGUCCCUACGUUUUGUUUCUGAAGAGAGAGUUGUAUUGAAUUUUUAACCUUUUCUGUACAGUCUUUAAUUUAAGUGAGAUUAAACAUAGAUGUAUUUAUUUAACUUUAUUUUGUAAUCUAAUCAGAUUUAUGUUUAUUUUUAAUUUUACAUUAAAGUAGCCUUUUUCUUUUGUGGAAAACCUGAACAGUUCUGGAAAUGUAACGCUGCUGUGUUGUAUCAAUAAAGGCGUCUCAUUCUCCUCAUCA